AUAUAUAUAUAUAAUAAUACGAUGAGAUUAUAUUUAUUAAUAUCAGUAUUCCUAUGCUUUGGAAUGAUGGCUGAUGCCAUGAAUCCAAACAUUGUUGUCGAUGUCAACACAAAGAGAUACUUGGACACUGAUGGAAGAGAGAGAUACUUCCAUGGUGUCAAUGUUGUUUAUAAAAUCAGUCCUUAUGCACCUGGUUUGGAGUUUGAUGUCUACCAAUCAUUUGGACCACAGGACAUGCAGUACUUGCAGGACUGGGGUUUGAAUGUUGUUAGACUAGGAGUGAUGUGGGCUGGUGUCGAACCCGCACAAUCAGUGUACAAUCAGACUUACUUGUCAUACAUGAGACAUCUUGUAGACUUGAUGGAAGGCUAUGGAAUAUACGCUCUACUCGAUGGCCAUCAAGACCUCUUCUCCGAGGCCUACUGUGGUGAUGGUGCUCCAGCAUGGGCUGCCAAGCCCAAGGCCAAAGAGGCCUUCCCCCUACCAUUGGCCGCACCCUAUCCAUUGGACAAUGUUACUCACUUCCCAUCAAGAGAGGACUGUAACAAGUUGGGCUGGGCAGAUUAUUAUGGAACUAUUGCAUGCUCUGGAGCAUUCCAAUCAUUGUAUGAUAACUAUGAAGGAAUACAAGACUCAUACUCUGGAUACUGGCAGCAGAUUGCCACAACAUUCAAGACCAGUACCAAUGUGAUUGGUUACGAAUUGAUCAAUGAACCAUGGGCUGGAGAUGUCUACACUGAUCCCGAGAUCCUAAUCCCAGGUGUUGCCGACAGGAAGUACCUCCAACCAUUGUACGACCGUUUGAACACUGAUAUUAGAUCAAUCGAUCCUGAUGUAUGUAUCGACUAUGAUCGUCUUGGAUGCGCUGGAUUCUUGACAGAGUUUGGUGAGACCUCUGGAAACUCACCAUCAGUCAUCGAAUCAUCCACCAAGAUCAUGAACGCCGUGGAGACUUACAAACAAGGAUGGAUAUUCUGGAGUUACAAGGACUUUAUCCCUGGUGACUAUGAAUCAUUCUUCUACAACGCCAGCGGCCUGCCCGACCCAGUGCGCGUCAAGUUGUUCAGCAGGACCUAUGCCCAAGCCGUCGCCGGCACCACUGAGAGCACGGGAUUCGACUCAGAGUCUGGAAAGUUCUCCAUCACCUACACGAUCAAUCCAAACUGCCAACUCCCAACCGAGAUCUAUCUGAAUGAGGACAUCUAUUAUCCAAAUGGAUACACUGUCGAGAUUGUUCCAAAUAUGAUCGCCAACUACACCUCCACCACCAAUCGUAUCUUUAUACACCAUCAGCUGUCGAUUGCUGAGCCAGUGACUAUAUCAGUCUAU